AUGGGUCUCGGCAUUCUUAUUUAUGUAAUUCUAUAUGAUGACAUGACUGUUGGCAGCCUUGCACAGGGGUUCGAAAUUUGCGAGUUUAGCAAAGAGACUCCACAGAUACUGUCUACUGUCUCCUGGUCUGGCCCUCUGACAUAUGGGAUGAUUUUACUUUGUUUAGCCGUGUUCAAGGCAGCAGAAUACUGGAAAAUGGAGUCUGGUUUCAAGGGGUCCCACCUUGUCGGAGUUCUCAUCAUGGACCAACUUUUAUACUACGGCUUGUUAUCAAUCUCCAAUCCUCUAGUUUCAAACCUCCUUGGUGCGGCUGGAAGUCCAACCCUUCUCUGUGUCCUCGGGAGCCACCUCCUGAUCAAUCUAAAGAAGGCAGGAGAGAGAGGGGUAAACGAAGGAACCAAUUACCGAUCGAGGUCUGUUAGUGACAUAGAAUUCGCAGAAGGUGCACCAGCUAAUGCGAAUUCAAAUGACGAAGGGAUGAUGAGUGCUUGA